CGUUCUUGACUGAUUUCAGCUUUUCUGCGAAACAUCUGAUUAAUUUUUCACGCCUGAAAGUUUUCCAAGUUGUCGGCGUGGGUGUAAGGAGCUCAUGUAUGGGUUCAGUAAUUUCUGCUUUACUUAAGAAACCGAUAGUAAACGUCAAUAUGAGUAAUUCUCAGGCAGAUAUGGUGCGCGAAGUAAUUGCAAAUAAUAAGGUAGUCAUUUUUUCUAAAAGCUACUGCCCUUUCUGCACCAUGGCCAAGGAGCAAUUUCGCAAACUUGCUGUUCCUGCAUAUGUUGUUGAACUUGAUAGUCGCACUGAUGCUGAAGAAAUCCAAAACAUCCUCGGUGAGAUAACAGGCGGUAGAACGGUAAGUAAUAGGGAUUUGCCGGGUAGACUUUAGUAUUCAGGCGCACCU